GCCACCACCAGAGCAAAACAGAUUUAGACGAUGGCGCAUGUGAUGCGGCCGCUGCUGCUGCUGCAGUCACCGCGGUGGCUGCGCCGUUGCUGUUCUCCGGCAUCAUUCAACCAUCUCCUGUCCAAUUCUUCUUCUUCACCACUCUUUGGUAAUCCCCGCCUCCUUUUCCACAUUUUCCGAUCAGUCCCUUCUUCAUACCAGUCCGUGCAUUUCCAAAGACGCAUACCCAAGUUAAAAGACAGAUUGGCGGAGUCCGAUUUGCCGGAUACUGACGGCGAAGAAUCAGAUUCCCAGGGUCUCACGAGACAGAGCAGGAAUGAGAAGAAGCGCGAUGCUCGUCUGGCUGUACAAUGGGGAAGGGAUAUUGCCGCCUUCUCCAUUCCUGAAAUCAAACUCAUUCUCCGGGCGGCUUCUCUCGAACAGGAAGUGUUCGAUGCUAUAAUGGUAGCAAAGAGACUAGGCCGUGAUGUAAAAGAAGGAAAACGCAGACAGUUCAACUACAUAGGAAGAUUGAUAAGAGAAGGAGAACCAGUAAUGAUGGAUGGUUUAAUUCAAGCUACAAAGGAUGGUGGCCUGAGUAAGCUCCAAGCUUUUUGUCGUAAAGAGGCAUUGAUUACUGUAAAUGUUGAUAAUGCACCACAAGUUAUGGAAUAUGAAGAUGAAGUGAAGGCAUCUGACGGUUGCAUGGAGUUAGUUGAGAGAUGGUUGGAUGGUUUGAUGAAGAGAGACAUGAACAUUACAAAGGAAAUCUAUUCGGUUAAGGAAGUCGAUUUUGAUCGUCAGAAAUUGAGGAGACUAGUGAAAGAGUUGUACUCAAUCCAAGAUCUUCAACAAUUAGAUUCAGAUGAAGGGAAGGGACAGCUGGACGAGGUUGCAGCACUAGUUAGCGCGAAGAAGUCUCUCAAACAUUUCCUCAUAGUACUUGCUAAGCAGUUUCCUAUAGGAUAUUUGAUAGGAGGUGAAAUAACUGAAAUAUAGAUUCAAUUAAAUCGAUUGCAUUGAACUAUGGAUGGAUGGAUCAUCCCAAUCCAGAAUACAAUGUAAAUUGAUUUCAAUAUGUUGGUGUAUUUCACUUAUGAUAAUUUUUUGUCAAAAUUAUAUCAUUUCAAACUUUUAUUU